AUGGAUCCUCUCGAUGCCUUUCCUUCGGCACCCGUUCGAUACACUUUUGACGAUGACGAAAGCGAUGACGAGUACACGCAAGCAUCCCAAGUCGGAGUGAAGCUUUCCGUGCAUCUUAGCAGCGGGCAAAGCGCACCGACGCUUAUUCUCGGCCUCAGCGGCCCUGGCAGUGUAUUUACUCGCUCUCUUGGGCCUGAUAUUCAGGCAGUAGGCCAUUUAAGUUACCAGAUACAGGAGGACAAGGAAGAAAAAUGGCCCAUUUACUGUAGAGAUACAUUGCUGUUUAUUCCCAUCGAUAAAGCAUUACCUCGUGAAGACAUCACCGAAGCUGCUCGUAGCGUAUUAGCUCCCUUUUCCGAUAUCCAAAAAGUGAUCGUUUUGGAUUCUUUUACCAGCACAAUGUACACAUCCAGUACAUGGAACGAAGAUAUGUAUCCUCCUUGUUUGCGUCUAUUGCAAACCACCAACACAUCCAAGAUUCCCGAUAUUCAACAAUAUGAGCCACCCAAUAUUUUGCAAGAUAUGUCUGCGGCCCUGAUGACCUAUUGUGAAGUUCGCAAUAUUCCAUGUUACACAUUACUCAGUCUUCAGGAAUCGUUAUUGGGCAAACUCAUUGUUACCGGCGACACAUUGAAUGCUUAUGUGCAAGGAUUGCAGUCAUUGGGACUAAAGGUAGAAUACGAUGAGAGCCGAAUGAACGAGAUAUUACAGGUCAAUCACAGUGGACGGGUGGAUGAGCAUCAUCACCGAUUAUUUCUUUAA